AUGCAACUCACUCGUUUAUCUGCCGUCCUUCUUCUCUCCGGAGCCUACGCUGCAGUAGCACCGGAAGGUCCUGCGCCCACCGAGAUCCCGGGUGGUUGCAACCCAGCUCAUCCUGGAAGCUGUCCCGAGACUGCCACUGAGAUUCCCGGAGGUCUGGGCUGCAAUCCUGCUCACCCUGGCAGCUGCCCUACCCCAACUGAUAUUCCCGGUGGAUGUAACCCAGCGCAUCCCGGCAGCUGCCCUACUCCUACCGAGAUCCCUGGAGGCUGCAACCCAGCUCACCCUGGAAGCUGCCCCGAAUCCACCGAAAUCCCCGGUGGUCUGGGCUGCAACCCAGCUCAUCCUGGCAGCUGCCCUGAGUCCACCCAAAUCCCUGGUGGAUGUAACACUGCUCACCCAGGUAGCUGCCCUACGCCAACCGAGAUCCACGGAGGUUGCAACCCAGCGCAUCCCGGCAGCUGUCCUACUCCUACUGGAAUCCCCGGUGGCUGCAACCCCGCUCACCCCGGAAGCUGCCCCAGCGUGACCGUGGUGUCCGGUAGCUCGACCUACCUCUCCCCCGUCGCCGCCGUGACCCCAUCUGGCUUCAGCAGCAUCGCUGGUAUUCCUGGUGGCUGCAACCCAGCUCACCCUGGAAGCUGCCCCAGCGUGACUGUUGUGUCUGGCAGCUCCACCUACAUGUCCCCUGUUCCUGUUGCUACUUCCUCUGGCAAGUUCUCGGGUAAUCUGACGUAA